CAGAUAUUUGGGACUUUUGCACUGUUUUUGCACUGUUUUUGAAAGAUUCAGGACAUUUACAGCAAGAAAUACAGAUCAUGACGACUAUAGAACAGAGCAUACAGUCCGCACAGGAGAGCAUCAGCCAGCGGAGGCCAUACGACGCGCUGAGUGCGCUCACACCCCUUCUCGCAUCAAACAACGACAACGCGGAGCUGCUGCAGACCCUCGCGACCGCGCACUUGGAGGUAUCUGCACUGCCCGAGGAGGCCGACGGCGAGACGCACGCGGAGAAGGCGUACGAGUAUUUUGUCAAGGCCGCUAAUCUGGACGAUAGUAAUGGCAAGGGAGACCAUGCAAAGUAUCUCUGGCUUGGGCAGUUGUCUGGUGGACGGGACGCGGUGGAGUGGUUUCGCAAGGGGUGCAACGGGCUACGAAAAGAUUUGAGCAGCGAGGAUGUGGAGGAUGAGAAGAAGGUCGAGCUACGGAAGAAGUUGUGUGAUGCGCUGUGUGCGUCGGUCGAGAUUUGGAUGACUGAUCUAUGCAUGGAGCCGGAAGCAGAAUCGACCUGCGAUGCACUGAUCACAGAGUCUCUGAUGAUCGAUGCCAAUCAUCCGGAAUCCUACUCCACCUUAGCCUCGAUCCGACUGUCUCAGCAGCGCCCUGACGACGCCAGGAUUGCGGUACAGCGAUCAUGGGAGCUCUUCAACGCCUCUGCCGAAGCCCAGCGCCUCAACCAAUCGCUCUCCGAAUACGGCUCGGACGAGGUCGCGCAGAUCACGGCGCUCAAGAACCUGACGCGGCUCAGCAUCGAGACCGAGCUGCACGAUCUCGCGGAGGAGGCGUGCAAGCUGAUCCUGGCGCUGGACGAGGACAUUGCAGAGGUGUGGUAUUUAGCUGGUCUGACUGCUGCGCAGAAGUACGGCAAAUCCGGCGAUCCGGCCGUGUUGACGGCUGCGUACGAGAGCUUUUUGAACGCGCUCGAGCUUACGGAGAAUGGGGGAGGCGACGAGCCGGAGGAGUUGGCGGACGAGCUCAAGCAGCGGCUUGCGGAGACAGAGGCCGAGAUGGCAAACCGAGGGCUGCCGACGGUUGACGCUGCGGCCAGUGCAGGCAAGGGGCGACGACAUGGGGCAGGCGCAGGCAGGGAGGGCGAUGAGGAGGACGAGGACGAGGACGAGGAC